AUGUCAACAGACUUGGUGUUUGUCAAAGAAAUCUCAGCGACUGCAAUAACAGGAAAAGAUGCAUGGAAUAGACCGGCCCCACAACCAAUCACCGUGUCCGUGUUCCUCAACACUGACUUCCAUAGAGCUUCAGUUACUGACAACUUGAAAUAUAGCGUCAACUACGCGGUCUUGACGAGACACAUCUCGGAUUUUCUCAAGUCAAACGAACACAGAAAUUUCAAGUCUUUGGGAAGUAUAGCAGAGGCAGUAGCACUGAUUGCCCUUGAUGAAAAGAGUGGAGGAAGUGAAGUUGCGAAAGUAAUAAUCAAGAGCCCCAAGUCAGAAAUUAGAGCCAAUAGUGUAGAGUAUGAGUUGGUUCGUAGUAGAAUUGAUUCGGCAGCUAAUAUUGACAGCUACAACGUCACCAAGUUACGACUCUUGACUAUCAUCGGGGUGUUCACUUUUGAAAGACUCCAAAAGCAAAUUGUGGAUGUUGAUUUGAAGAUUUGGAUAAAGAAGGAUGACCCGAGGUUGGAUUUCCAUAAAGUUGUCCGUGAUAUUGUUGAUUAUGUCGAAUCAUCCAACUUCAAAACUGUUGAAGCGUUGGUGUUCAAGAUCGGGCAGCUAACGUUUCAAAACUACUCCAAUCUUGGGAUAGAGUCCGUUGACGCUAGGGUUACCAAGCCAAAUGCCUUCAGUCACGUCGAGGGUGUUGGUGUGAGCUCUUUGAUGACCCCAAAAAACUUUACUAACGUUGAACCAUUAGCUUUGAACUAUGUGGCACAUGAUAAGGAGGACUUUAAUUUGCCCGUAGAGAGCGAAGAGGGUUACAAUUAUAAGGGAAGACACGUUGCAUAUAUUGCGAUAGGAUCCAAUAUCAACCAAAUGGAAAAUAUUACGAAAGCACUAGAGAAGCUUCAAGGGUAUGGUAUCAUUCUUGAAUCCACAUCGUCCAUGUAUAUUUCAAAACCAAUGUAUCAUCUUGACCAACCUGAUUUCUUCAACGCAGUUGCAAAAGUGUCCUUCAUUGACCACUCUCCACACAAAUUGCUACAGAUUCUAAAAGAAAUUGAAUAUGCACAUUUGGCGAGAGUCAAGGAGAUUGAAAAUGGACCUCGAACAAUUGAUUUAGACAUUUUACUUUACGACAAUGUUCAAAUCAAUACAGCCGAUUUGAUUAUACCGCAUAAAUUGAUGUUGGAAAGAACAUUUGUUUUACAGCCACUUUGUGAGCUAUUACCACCUGAUCAAACUCACCCCAUUAGUGCCGAACCGUUUCAUGACCAUUUGCAACAAUUGUUAACCAAUAAGCCUGAAGAUCACGUUCAAAAGGAUUCAAGCUUAUUACAAUUUAUUCCCGUGCCGAGAAUAUCAACAGAUGAGAAUGUGAUGAGGUUUGAUCAGAUCAAUUAUAAAUCGCCCACUCUUUGUAUGGGAAUUUUGAAUAUGACCCCAGACUCCUUUAGUGAUGCAGGUAAGUACUACUCAUCUUCUUUGGAGGAAAUUGUCGCCGAGGCUGGUAAGCUUGUGAAACAGGGUGCACAAAUCAUUGAUAUUGGAGGCGUUUCAACUAGACCGGGGAGUGUCGCUCCAUCGGAAGAAGAAGAGCUUAAGCGCGUGCUCCCUCUUGUCAAGGCAAUAAGGCAGUCAACAGAUCAAAAUUUGGCCAAAGUUUUGAUUUCAAUAGACACCUAUAGAUCUGAUGUCGCCAAGAAGUGUCUUGAAGUGGGUGCUGACAUUAUCAAUGAUAUAUCGAUGGGUAGGUAUGAUGAACGUAUCUUUGAUGUGGUGGCAGAAUAUGGUUGUCCUUAUAUCAUGAAUCACUCAAAGGGAACCCCACAAACAAUGUCCAAGUUGACAAAAUAUGAAGCAAAUAAAAAUGACGACAUUGUAGAGUUUGUUAUCGACCCCAAAUCCGGACAGCAAGAAACCACAAAUGACCCGGAGUUGAAUAACUUUUUAAAUGGCGUUUCUAGAGAAUUGUCCCUUCAAAUAUUGAAAAGUUUCCGUGCUGGUGUAAAGAAAUGGCAAAUCAUAUUGGACCCAGGAGUUGGAUUUGCGAAAAAUUUGAACCAAAAUUUAGCCAUCAUCGCUAAUGGGUCAUUUUUUAAAAAGUAUUCCAUUCAGGUUAACCAGCAGACGAGUAUUGGGGGUAAUCCAAAUCAGUCGCUGUCUUACUUCAGUUUCAACGGAAUGAGUGUAUUGAUUGGUACUUCGAGGAAAAAGUUUCUAGGUACAAUCACGGGCAAACCAGAUUCACCGUCUGAUCGAGUCAUGGCUACUGCAGCAACCAUCACUUCGGCGAUUCAGCAGCAUGCCGAUUUCGUAAGAGUUCACGAUGUCGAUGCAUGCAAAGAUGUUAUCAAAACCAGUGACGCAAUUUAUAAGAACAUUUUCUAG